AUGGCUGCUCCCGUUGAUCACUCCGUCCAGGCCGGCGCUGCCGCCCCACCCGCCGCUCCCGGUGCCGCUCCCGGCCCCAUCGACAACGCCGAUGUCGAGGACUGGAAGAACCGCGUAAACGACUUCCUCGCCAAGCCCGCCGAGACCCACCACCGCAUGAAGAAGAGCGCCAACCUCGAUGGCUACGAGCCCGUCAACACUUCCGACAAGGAGGCCGAGCACCGCGAGGCCCUCCUUGCCCAGGGUGGCCACAAGGAACAGUAUGCUACCCAGCAGGGUAUGAGCUACCCCCAGUAA